AACCGCGCAAGAAGUUCAGUAAAAGGAACAGGCCUAUCAAGGUCUAUUUACUGUGUAUGUAAACGAACAUGCGCGAGAGAAAGCAACGUGAGCAAAAUGAUGCAGGAAAAUACGGAUUCGGAAGCCUUUUUCGAAAAGUACACGAUAUCGGAAAGGACCAUGGCGAGACUCGUGUCUAUCAAGAAAGCGCUAAAAGAUAACAUUGCCCAAGCUAAUCCGAUGUGGAAACUUAUAGCGGGACAGAACGAGGAAGAAACACGUUCGGAAAGUGAAGACAGCGAUGAGAAGGAUGAACCGAUGAACAAUAGCGAAUCUCAAACGAGGCUCGAUCAGUCUGUGCUACCACCGUCCACUCAAUUUUACUUCACACAAGCCGAGAGAAUCCCAGAACCAACGAGAGCUGCUAUCGCGUUACCGCAAAGAUGGGAUAUCUUGGAGUGCACUUGUGAAAAUUUAGAACGAAAUAACGGUAAGAUAGACUUUACUCAGUUAGAAAAUCUACCCGAAGAAGAUCUCGUCGCAUUGGUGAAUGAGAUGGCAGGAAAAUUGAGUUCCAAGGGCAUCUAUAAUCUAUGUCAAUCGAUGAACGAUAUGACUAUCGAACAGAGACUGAAGUAUCUCAAUAUAUUUUGCACGCAUCUGUUGCUACCAAAGAUAAUCGAACUGGAGGAGCCGUCUCGUUUGUUGUCAUCCGCUAUCGCUGAAUGCACAAAAGUAUUUCCGGAUGAGGUCCAGCGACUCAUAUUUAUUCCUAUUCUCAAUACUGAGUUGAAAGAUGUAACAUUGGUUACCACUAUCGUGAAUACAUUUGACCAGCGAAAGAAAACGAUUCUCCUAGAAGAGUUUCUCGCACAUGUCAAAGAAUUGAAACCAUGGCACGUAUCCAUAUUGCAAAAUUUCUUAUCUGUAAAACUGGACCGUAACAUGAUCGAUAAAGUUAUCAAAUUAUUCUCGGAAAAGGCACUUUAUUAUUCCAAAGAUAAGAACUUUGGAAAGCUCGUCCUGUCAUUUUUAAAAAUUAAUACCGCUUUGUCCGAAGAGCAGAAAAUUAUAAUGACUGAAGUUGCUGCUGUCAAUGAAACGUUAUUCAAAAAACCUAUAGAAAAUAUUUUAAGAAAUAUAUAAUCGCUAAAUUCCACAUGUAACGAUACAUACAAUUACUAGGUUCUUCCAAUUAACGAAUUUAUAUAUAUUUUUAAUAAAAAUCUUAAUUAUUAUAUUUUAAUUGUUUUCUGAAAUAAACCUUAAUUCUAUUAUC